AUGACUAAUCUUCAGGACUCCCUCUUCCGAGCCCACUUGUGUGUGUUGGCGACCAACUGCGAUGAGCCGAUGUACCAGAAGCUGGUGGAGGCGCUCUGUGCUGAGCAUCAGAUCGAUCUGAUCAAAGUGGACGACAACAAGAAGUUGGGCGAGUGGUCCGGACUCUGCAAAAUAGACAAAGAAGGGAAGGCCCGCAAAGUCGUCGGUUGCAGUUGUGUUGUCGUCAAGGACUACGGCAAAGAGACGCCUGCCAUGGAUUUCCUCAAAGAGUACUUCAACUCCAAGAAAUCCGGAGUUUAA